CCAAUGCCGAGCCGCCUGUGGAAGCCUGUGUUACCACCCCUCGAGUGUAUUCCAGAGUUUCUUGAUGGCGACAGGUUUGAUGGUGUGGAAUAACACGAUGAUGGAAGCUGAGUAAACUGACCCGCAGCGUGUUAACAUAGAGGAGGUAGACCAACAUUGUGACAAUGGAUAAUGCCUUUAACCCAGUGAAGUGUUGUGAGGACCUGCCGUCCUCACCUGGGUGCCACAUGGAUUAUGAUGACAUGCCAGAGUUACAGGAGGUGGAGGAGGACCAGAGAUCUCUAAGUUUGUUUCACGUUGGAGCUGGAGUGUCUCACCAGGAACUCAGCAGCUCCCCCAGCACCAACUGGCUCACUGAGCUGGCUAACAUUGCCACCAGUCCUCAGAGUCCUCUGCUGAAGGAUGCACCACAUAAGAGAUCAUCUCCAGUCCACAUCUUUGGCAACAGUAAUAGUUUACAUUCCUAUGCUCGUCCCCCGUUAGCCAGUAGUGCACCCAACCCAUCACGAAUCCACCUUAGGGAACGCAGGCGUGUCAGGGCCAGCAGUGAAUCUGAGUCUGGAGUUUUUUCUGUGGCUUCAUCCUUUUCUGAUGAUGAAGACAUGGCCUGGUCUCAUUCCUGGCCCUCCACAGCCUGGCAUUGCUUCCUGAAAGGAACUCGUCUGCGCUUCCAUCGCGGUCCUAAUGUGGAGUGGCAAGAUGCUGAAGAAGUUGGUGAUUCUGAUGAUGACUCGGAUGAUGACAGUAUGAUGCCGUCCUCCACUCUGAAAAGAUAUGGCUCUGAGGGACUUAAGUUGGUGAGCCACGAAGAGACCAUAUCAUUUGGUCAGGCAAUUCUUAAACUGACGUUUGACCCUGGCUCACCCGAUGAUGCUUUUUUAACCGCAGAAUGCCGAUUGGAUCACCCAUUUUUUGUGAAAAAUAAAGGGUGGUCUUCCUUUUAUCCCAGCCUUACUGUGGUGCAUCAUGGGAUCCCUUGCUAUGAGAUGCAGCUGGGCGACGUGUGCCUGCCACCAUACCAUCCAGAUGCAAUCAAUUGUGAUGACUCUGUUGUCUUUGACACGUUCAGAAGUUAUGACUUCACCCCGCUGGAUUCUUCAGCAGUGUAUGUUCUCAGCAGCAUGGCCCGUCAGCGCAGGACCUCCCUGUCCAGCGGGGGCACCGUCAGCCCAGACUGUGAUAAACUUGAGCGCUCCAGCUCACCCCGUAUCACCAGUAACAAAUCAAAUCGGAGCCACACCUCAGGGACAGUCAGUGGUGCCACACCUACAAAGUGCAAGCGGCCAAUGAAUGCCUUCAUGCUCUUUGCUAAGAAGUACCGAGUGGAGUACACACAGAUGUAUCCUGGGAAGGAUAACAGAGCCAUUAGUGUUAUCCUGGGUGACAAGUGGAAGAAGAUGAAGAGUGAGGAGAGGAGGAUAUACACCAUGGAGGCCAAAGCUCUUGCUGAGGAGCAGAAAAGACUCAAUCCAGACUGCUGGAAACGUAAAAGAACCAACUCGGGUUCCCAGCAAUAGAUCAUCCCCCACAAUCCCUUGCCACUGGUGGUUAACGUGAAGAGGAGCCCCACUGAUCGCUUGAUUCCUCUUUGCUCUCCUGUAUUCUGGAGACUCCACUGUGAUGCCGAACUUGUUCUGUUUUUGUAACCUAAAAUUGAGAAAUAUGAACUAUAUACAAAGCGCAUAAUGUAGUCACUAACAGUGCAUAUAUAUUUUCUUAUAUCUUUAAUAUCCGUAAGGUCUUACUCUCCUGAAACAAGCGUGAAUCUUCUCACUUAUUUCAGGUUUUUUCAUGUUUAAGGUUUGAAAAAGGAGAGCCUGUGGUGCUAUGCUUCAGUGCAGACGGAGCAAUAAUCUACAAAUGUCUAUUUAUAAUUGUAUGAAAUGGGGAUUUUUAGAUCACCUUUACACAGCUGUUCAUAUUGAUUAUAUUUGUAACAUUGAGCUAUUGCACAGAUUGGUUGAACUUACAUGCAUUUUGUAAUACAGUAUAAAUAUAUAUAUAUAUUAAAUACUUGUAUAUCCAUCCGAUUUGCUAAGUGAUGCGUUGUUGCCGCCCAGCCACCUGAUCACAUAAGACUGUGUUUCCAGCCGGUGGUGAUGUUUGCUUUACUCUGUCACACAGCACUUCAGGCCUUCACUGUAUACAUUUUUGUCUUAUGCACUUUAUAUAAAUAUGUAACCUCAUCAUAUACAGCCUUUAAUGGUGGAAACCAUUUGUAUAAUAAUUUUGGUAACGUGAUGUAUUCAAGCAUGGCCUGAUGGCCACGCUCUGCUUUCAGGUCGCUAUUGUAUUAAACAUGCUUUGUUGAUAUUGUACAGGUUCACACCUCUGCCAGCCUCUUGCACAAGUAUCCCUGUAUUACACUAUAAAUAUUUUUUAAAUCUG